UCGUUGUCAUAUGAAUUCAUGGUUCACGCUGUUUCACAUUGCCGUGGCUGCAUUUCUAGCUUCAACAUGGGAUUUGGGAACGACAAGUGACAGUGUGAUGACUGUAUAUCAAGUUUAGUGUGAACCAACAGUGUAGAAAAUAACAGUUUUAUGUCCUAGAUCUGUAUUUCUGCCGGAGGUUUGGCGGGGGCAAACAGAAGUCACGAUGGUGAAAGAGCAGUUUAGAGAGACUGAUGUGGCCAAAAAAAUAAGCCACAUCUGUUUUGGGAUGAAGUCGGCUGAACAGAUGAGACAGCAGGCUCAUAUCCAAGUGGUCAGUAAGAACCUGUACAGCCAGGACACCAGCCAUACUCCUCUACCGUACGGAGUACUGGAUCAUCGCAUGGGCACCAGUGAGAAGGAUCGUCCUUGUGAGACGUGUGGGAAGAACCUGGCUGACUGUCUGGGACACUAUGGGUAUCUGGACCUGGAGAUGCCCUGUUUUCAUGUGGGCUAUUUCAAAGCCACCAUUGGAAUCCUACAGAUGAUCUGUAAGACGUGUUCUCACAUCAUGCUGACCAAAGAGGAGAAACUGCAGUUCAUGGAUGUGUUGAAGAGGCCUGGACUAGCGUACCUACAGAAACGAGGAAUGAAGAAGAAGAUAUCCGACAAAUGCCGCAAAAGGACAUUGUGUCUCAAUUGCUCCACGUUAAAUGGACCAGUGAAGAAGUGUGGCUUGCUGAAGAUCCUCCACGAGAAAUACAAGACAACCAAGAAAGUGGUGGACACUGUAGUAUCAGACUUUCUCAACUCAUUCGAUAUCGCAAUAGAACACAACAAAGAAGUGGAGGGCUUGCUUAACAGGGCUCAGGAGAACCUGAGUCCUCUAGUGGUGCUGAACCUCUUCAGGAGGAUACCAGCGGAGGACAUUCCCCUGCUCCUGAUGAACCCUGAGGCAGGUAAGCCUGCAGACCUCAUCCUCACCCGCCUGCUGGUACCUCCGCUCUGCAUCCGCCCCUCUGUCAUCUCAGACCUCAAGUCGGGUACUAAUGAGGAUGACCUCACCAUGAAGCUCACAGAGAUCAUCUUCCUCAAUGAUGUCAUCAAGAAGCACCGUAUGUCAGGGGCCAAGACCCAGAUGAUCAUGGAGGACUGGGACUUCCUCCAGCUGCAAUGUGCUCUCUACAUCAACAGUGAGCUCUCUGGCAUCCCCCUCAACAUGGCCCCUAAGAAGUGGACCAGAGGCUUCGUUCAGAGACUCAAGGGCAAACAAGGGCGAUUCCGUGGAAACCUCUCGGGGAAGAGAGUGGAUUUCUCUGGGAGAACGGUCAUCUCUCCGGACCCCAACCUGCGGAUUGAUGAGGUGGCUGUCCCUGUGCACGUAGCCAAAAUCCUGACCUACCCAGAGAAGGUGAACAAGGCCAACUUGGAGAUGCUGAGGAAGCUGGUGCGGAGCGGUCCAGAGGUCCACCCUGGAGCCAACUUCAUCCAGCAACGACACACGCAGAUGAAGAGGUUUCUGAAGUACGGGAACCGAGAGAAGAUGGCCCAGGAGCUGAAGUUUGGAGACGUGGUGGAGAGACACAUGAUCGAUGGAGACAUCGUCCUCUUCAACCGACAGCCCUCUCUACACAAACUCAGCAUCAUGGCUCAUAUUGCCAAAGUGAAGCCUCACAGAACGUUCCGGUUUAACGAGUGUGUGUGCACGCCGUACAACGCUGACUUUGACGGGGAUGAGAUGAACCUUCACCUUCCCCAGACAGAGGAGGCCAAGGCUGAAGCCCUGGUGCUGAUGGGGACCAAAGCCAACCUGGUGACCCCCAGGAACGGAGAGCCUCUGAUUGCUGCUAUUCAAGACUUUCUGACAGGAGCCUACCUGUUGACCCUGAAGGACACAUUCUUCGAUAGGUCUAAAGCCUGCCAGAUAGUGGCCUCUAUCCUGGUGGGGGUGGAUGAGAGGAUCAAGAUAGCUCUCCCACACCCUGCCAUACUCAAGCCCAUGACUCUGUGGACAGGGAAGCAGAUAUUUGGUCUGAUCCUGAAGCCCAGUAAGGCCUGUCCAGUCAAGGCCAACCUGAGGACCAAGGGGAAACAGUACAGUGGGAAAGGAGAGGACCUCUGCAGCAACGACUCCUUCGUGGUUAUCCAGAACAGUGAGUUGAUGUGUGGUACCAUGGAUAAGGGCACGUUGGGCUCUGGCUCCAAGAAGAACAUAUUCUACAUCCUGCUGAGAGACUGGGGACAGCUGGAGGCAGCCAACGCCAUGUCUCGUCUGGCCCGCAUCGCCCCUACAUACCUCUCCAACCGGGGUUUCUCCAUCGGUAUUGGUGACGUGACCCCAGGCCAGGGUCUGCUGAAGGCCAAACAGGACCUGCUGGAUGGAGGCUAUGCCAAGUGUGACGAGUACAUCGAGGCCCUGAAGACAGGCAAACUGCAGCAGCAGCCGGGCUGCACGGCUGAGGAGACGCUGGAGGCCCUCAUCCUGAAGGAGCUGUCUGUUAUCAGAGACCAUGCCGGCAGCGCCUGCCUCAGAGAACUGGACAAGACCAACAGUCCUCUGAUUAUGGCUCUGUGUGGCUCCAAAGCUCAGACUUCCUGA